GGGAUGCGUGUCCGUGUGUAGAAAGCAUUGGCUGACGUUUUGACACAAAUAUCGUUAUCAGCUAUAAAAGGCCUAGUCGGCACUAGUCCCGCCAACAGUCGUUCGUUUUUGUGUGCCCAAAAAUGAAUCGCCAAACGCUCUCCAUAUUGUUCUUCGCCGGAUUAGUCCUCGCGGCCGCCAAAGCCGGAGAGGAGAAGAAGGCUGAAGAACCCAAACCAGCAGAGAAGAAGCAGGAAAAACGAGGCCUUUUCGACCUAGGCUACGGAGGGGGUUACGGAGGCGGCUACGGAGGCGGAUUCGAACACGGCGGUUUGGAAUUGGGGGGCGGCUACGGCGGCGGUUUCGACGAAGGCCACCAUCAUGUCAAAGUCAUUACCAAAACGAUCCCGGUACCGGUACCCAAACCGUAUCCCGUCACCGUCGAGAAGAAAGUACCGGUACCCUAUCCGGUCAAAGUGGCGGUACCCGUAGAGAAACCUUAUCCGGUACCGGUACCCAAACCUUAUCCCGUUCCUGUUGAAAAACCGGUACCUUAUCCAGUCGAGAAACCAGUACCGUACCCGGUAAAAGUACCAGUCAAAGUACCCGUAGCGGUACCUCAUCCGUAUCCCGUGCCGAAGCCGUACCCGGUGGCGGUACACAAGCCGGUACCUUAUCCCGUUAAGGUGCCCGUGGUCGUCGAAAAACCGUACCCUGUCUAUGUGAAACACCACGAACACCAUGACUUUGGGGGCUUGGAGUUGGGAGGUCACCACGAUUUCGGAGGGCACCACGGCCUGUUGGUGUUCGACUCCCCCACCGUAUCCUCCAAUCUGUUGGGCGUUGUUGUCAUACCCUCCGUGGUUUUCUUGGUGCACUGGUACCGGAUACGGUUUGGGUACCUCGACGGGGUAGGGAACUUUUUUCUCGAUCACCUGCGGUACCGGUACCGGAACCUUUACGAGCUUGGUGUGCUCCACGGGGUACGGUUUGGGUACGUGAACCGGGUAAGGCUGCGGCACUGGAAUUUUGACAGGAUAAGGUUGAGGGAUGGUAAUUUUACUCUCCUUGGUGAUUUUGAUCUCCGGGCCGGGUACGUGAUCAUGAGAAUACUCCCCCAGGUCGAGGAUAUCGUACUUGGGCGCCGACUCGCAACGUUCUACGUAGUUAACCGCGAGAGCGGACGAACUUUAACGCGUCUGCGUCGCGACGCGCCGCUAUCUCGAAGCAACCCGAAUGCGUCGAGACUUUUUUCUGAUGCCUUUGAACUGUCCAAGGUCACCGAUGUAAGCUAUGAUUCCGAAGACGGUGACAGCGACAAGCGACAAGCGACCGCGACAGACGACAGCGACACCUGUCAUUACUGUGUUGCGACUCCACCGAUCUUUAAGAAUCAAAUGGAGUCCGACGACAGAAAAUAUACCUCAACAUCGCUCUGGGAGCUCGAAUAUUCCUUUGUCGGAGACUCAGAUAUCAUAGAGGGCACAUCCCAAGAUAUUCAGAUCACGGAAGAGUGUACCGAAGUACCGGGUAAUGAAAAUACGCAAGAAAGUGGCAGAGAGAACAAUACGGAAGAAAUAGAUACUCGGAAAAAUAGAGCCAACAAAAGUUUGGCUCGUAAGCGACGACCAUGUAACAGUAAAGAUGAAAAUAUUGUUGUCGCCCAUUUCUACGAAACGGUAGAGGCUCCUUACUACCAGUCGCCUGCAGGCCGUGACGGACUAACGAAUGGUGAUGGUUUUAAUCCUAUCCAUAAUUUUGACGGGCCGUAUUGGGACGGACGUGACGGCCAAAUGGGCGAGAACCAAAAAGAAGCGAGUUUGGCUGCGACAAACCGCAACAAAUUGCAUUGGGCAACAUGGUACACAGGCAGAAAAGAAAAACGUCGAUUUUCCCGAGGCGACACGACGACCUUUCGGGUGGCGAACCUUCACGUCCGCGUGCAAUUGGAGCCGAUACGAUCCGCGAUAAUCAUUUUUGUCAUUGCUAAAUUUGACGCGAAACGUCCGAAUCAUCAUCCGAAUAAAAUUAAAUUAAUAUUGCACGCUAUGAGAGCAUCGACGUUGGGCCGCUUCCUCGUGAAUGUGCGGGUCUUUUCGAAGAAGAUUUUUCGAUCCACCCGGGUGAAAGUACCGUGGACGGCUGCGAGUGGUUGCCGCCCAUGGUACACCGACCAUCGGGGAAGAAUAAUGGGUGGACCCUCUCCUACCGUUCUCGUAAGACUAUAUAUACACACCUCUCGUAGGGGUAACAACGUCAGUUCUCUUUUUACGCAAGUCACAAACAUGAGACGGUUUGUGAUAGCCACCACCAUAAUAGCAAUAGCUUGCGGGGCUAGUGCCGGCGAGGCUAGCUCCAAGUCCUCCAAAAACGACAAGAGAGGCAUUUUCGACAGCGACGUUGGUCACGGCUACAGUUCCGGGAGCAUCUCAAUCGGCGGCGGCGACUUUAGCGGACACGGGGGCGGUUUUUCAUACGGUGGAGGCGGCGGAUACGGCGGGGGCAUUUCCCUUGGGAGUGGUGGCUUAGGAGGACACGGAGGAGGAAUUUCCAUUGGAGGUGGUGACAUAGGAGGACACGGAGGAAGCAUCUCCAUAGGAGGUGGCAGUUUAGGAGGACAUGGAGGAGGCAUUUCUUUUGAAAGCGGUGGUUACGGAGGUGGAGGAUUUGGGAGUGGUUUUGGGGGAGGUGCCGGCGGCGGUUUCGGGGGCGGCGGAGGUGGAGGUGGCGGCGGCGCCACCGUUACCACUGUGACCCAGGCCGUUGCAGUACCCGUCCCUCAACCAUACCCCGUAACGGUUACUAGGCCAGUACCAGUGCCAGUACCUCAACCCGUUCCAGUAUCAGUACCCAGACCUUAUCCGGUCUCCGUGCCAGUACCUCAACCCGUAGAGGUACCCAGACCAGUACCGGUCACUGUAAACCGCCCAGUACCAGUAGCAGUGCCGACACCAGUCCGCGUGGCAGUGCCACAACCCGUCGCGGUACCAGUACCUCAGCCCUACCCUGUGACAGUACCACAACCUUACCCCGUUAGGGUUCCACAAACCGUGGUGGUACCCGUAGCGCAACCUGUUUUCGUUGGAGGCGGUGGCGGAGGUGCCGGAAGUGGUUUGGGAGGCGGAUUUGGCGGUGGGUUCGGAGGCGGUUCCGGUGGUGGUUACGGAGGCGGUUCCGGCAGCAGUUACGGCGGCGGUUACGGAGGUGGUUCGAGUGGCAGUUAUGGCGGCGGUUACGGAGGCGGGCAUGGUAUCAGCGGCUCGAUUUCAAUCGGCGGCGGUCACGAUUUCGGCAGCUCCUUCGGAGGAAGCGGUCACGGUGGAUUCGGAGGCGGCAGCUCCUAUGGAGGCGGUAAGAGCAUUAGCUUCGCCAGCGUAUCGAGUUACGGCGGGAGCGGCUCCAGCGGAGGCGGUUACUCCAAGCACUAGACGUCGGGGAGGCCUUAAGUUGGCAAUUUUUGCCUGUUAUUGUGAUAAGCAGUAUUAUUUGUAAAUAACAACGACUGUUGUCGUUGUGUAAAUAAGAAAGCACUGAAAAAUUUAAAUAAAAUGUUGGUACAAUUCGUCUGAAGGUU